AUGUAUACACUUGGAAUUGGCAUAUGGCAACGUUUGACACGUAGGAGCAAUUAUUAUAUUGUUAUUGUUGGAUUGGAUAAUGCUGGAAAAACGACCUUUCUAGAACAAAUCAAAUCGAGAUUUAUUAAGAAUUAUCAGAUGUUAAAUCCAUUGAAGAUUACAAGCACUGUUGGUUUAAAUGUUGGAACAAUUGUGAUGGGCUCUCUCCGACUCAGUUUUUGGGAUCUUGGAGGACAAGAAGAAUUGCAAUCACUUUGGCACAAAUACUUCGAAGAUUCACAGGCACUCAUAUUUGUUGUUGAUUCGUGUGAUCCUGAUCGAUUUCCGGAAGUGGGUGAAGCCUUCAAACUGGUAAUGAAUAGUGAAGCUGUCCAGAAAAUGCCAGUUUUGGUGGUUUGCAAUAAAAGUGACAUAGAAGAAUGCAUCGGAACAGAAAUAAUUAGGAUUCUUACAACAGAUGAUAGACAUGUAGGUGAUCUAGCCCUCAUACCGAUAUCCGCAUUACAAGGCCUCAAUAUUGAGCAUUGCGUGCGUUGGCUUUGUACAGUGCUAACACGGAAUCACUCUUCGUUUGAUCUCAGUUAA